AUGCCUAACCACCCUGUUGCAGGAGCGAUAAUUGUUGUCUCAGUGGCUGUCGCUGCUGCAAUUGCUGUCUACGAGUCUCCUCAAGCUCGUCAAUUUGCGGAAGAUGUCCGACGUCGAAUAGCUCUUGCACUACAUUCGCUGGGUGACGAAAUCAAUCCCCAAGCUCAACAACCACGAUUCAACCGCCCAGAAGAUGCUGAAGGCUUCAUGCAAAGCGCUGGCAGCGCAGAACCUGGCGUUGAAGCAGACGAAGAGUCUCGAAGACGACAGCGGGAAGAAUUGAUGUACUGGAAUGCUGUGCAUAUGGAGAAGCUGGAGAAGGAACGAAAACUCGAAGCCGAACGACCUGCCAACCGAAGCCGGGGAUCAAGUUUUGAUGAUUUCCUCCAAGAAGACCACACUGCGGAAAAGGGCACUUACGUGUACCAUACUGGUACAGACGUACACGGAGAACCAGCGGAAGGCCUUCGCAACCGUGGUGGCGUACGUGGCCUUGAUCGAAGCUUAAUAUAUGCGAACCCUUUUAGCGAUGAGCACCAUAUCGAUCUCGAGGAGCAGCGAGCUGUCGACACGAGUCUCAUUGCACCCGAAGCACAAUUCGAAACCUUCUCGGACAUUUACAGCGCUAAUGACGAACCCCAGACUUCUCGUCCGGCAAUUACUACUGUUGCGGAUCAACUCAUUGAUUACUCCGAACCCAUUCCGGACCCGCCUGUCUCCUUGCCCUCUGCUGAAAUGAUCGAAGAAAGCUACAACUUUACGAACAUGUCAGAGCGAGCACAUGUUGAAUCUCCCUACGCAUCUAUCCACGCUUGGGCCGAUAAUGCGAAUAACAGCUUCUACUCUCCACUUCCUACUACCCCUCGCGCAUCAUCUCCUCAGCCACCUCUGUCAAUAGUACCCGGCUCCCCAGCCUUUUCAGACCCAGCCCUCUCGGUGCCGGAUGACGGUGAACUCACGCCCACAGACUCAAUGUCGCUAGCUGGUUCUGGCGAAUGGGCACCUGGCAGUGGGGCUACCAGUGAUGCAGAUGUGCAGAGUUUCGAUGGUGAUGGCAUCAUUACGCCAGGAAGCUGGACAGAAGUAGGAAGUGAGGUGUCUGAAAACGACGUGGGUAAUCAAGAUCCAUUACAUAGUUAG